AUGCUUAUUUCAACCAUCUUGACGAGCUUGGCCUCAAUGGCUAUGCUGACGAUGACAGCGGAUGCUGCUGAGGUCCGCAUGACGGGAUACAUUAUGGACAAUCAGUGCGUCAAUCUUUGCAAGGACAAAGCCCCCACUGAAGCGUGCACUCCUGAUCGGAUCAACGCUUUGUACACUCCUCAACUCCACAGCGGGUGGUGCUUGCUCUUGCCCGUUUGCGAAAACUCUGGGUACUCCUUGCUCAGCGAGUUCCCUACCGACGCAGAUGGUCGCCAUUCCAUUCUCUUGAAUCUCGCAGGAGAUGCUAGUCAGGCUGCUGUUGUGGACUUUAUUAAAGCCGGUACCAAGGGCCCCUUUCCUCGCGCCACCGUUGUCUAUGAAGAAGACGAUUCUGUGGUUGGAACUGUGGACUACAUCCAGCAAGACCACCUUCUCGUAUACAAUGCCACCAUUGAAGAUCCCUGGGACUACGAUCCAGACAUGGACAACACAACGGGACCCUACAGCGGAGCUCCCACCACUCAAGUCGUCUGCGAAGAUUCCGAUUCUCCAAGCGCCAAUGACAACAACAUGUGCUACCGCUCGGAUGUUGUCGUCACUGAGACCCAAAACAGCAUCUACAUUGAAUCCAACGGAUGUCCUGAUCACGACAACAUGGUUGGAAGCAACGGAACCGUCCCACAUUUCCAAGAAGAUCCAUCCGCUUUUGUCGACCUGGACGACUGUCCUCCGGAGGAAAGCGCAGCGUGCGGAGCUUGUGGUGCUUGUGGUGCGGGAUGUGGCGCCUGCGGUGCAUGUGGUGCCUGCGGAGCUGACCAUUGUGGAGCUUGCGGUGCAUGUGGAGCGAGUGGUGCCUGUGGUGCUUGCGGUGCCUGUGGGGCCGAUUCCUCCAAACCAAGCGCUGGUUCGUCUUCGUCAAGCCAUGGAUGGCCUUCCCGUGGAUAUGUGUCGAUUGAUUUGGGCCUUUACUUUGGAGGCGAAGGCGACGGCGACAACAGAAACCUUCAAUGUGGAGCUGGUUGUGAUGCUGGUUGCGGCGCUGGUUGCGGAGCUGGUUGCGGCGCUGGUUGCGGAGCUGGUUGCGGCGCUGGUUGCGGAGCUGGUUGCGGAGCUGGAUGCGGUGCUGGCUGCUAUGCCGGUUGUGGUGCUGGCUGUGGCGCUGGUUGUGGCGCUGGAUGUGGGGCUGGAUGUGGGGCUGGCUGCGGGGCUGGAUGUGGAGCUGGCUGUGGAGCGGGAUACCAUGGAUGCGAUCGCCCUAGCCACAGCAAUGUAGGCUGUGGGGCCGGGUGUGGAGCUGGAGGAUGCGGUGCAGGAUGCGGUGCAGGAUGCGGUGCAGGAUGCGGUGCAGGAUGCGGUGCAGGACACUGUGGAGCUGGAGGAUGCGCCGCAGGUGAUUGUGGAGCUGGAGGAUGCGGUGCAGGAUGCGGUGCAGGAUGCGGUGCAGGAUGCGGUGCUGGAUGCGGUGCUGGAUGCGGUGCUGGAUGCGGUGCUGGAUGCGGUGCUGGAUGCGGUGCUGGGUGUGCCGCAGGAUGCGGUGCAGGAUGCGGUGCUGGGUGUGCCGCAGGAUGCGCUGCAGGAUGUGGAGCUGGCGCACACGCUUCUGCGCCCGUUUCACUUACCUUUGCUGAACUCCCUGGGGUGACUAUUACCUACAUGCUUGGAGUUGACGCUGCCAGUGGCGAUGAAACCUUUUCAGCGGAAGUGAUUUAUGAAGGUGAAGGAUGGGUUGGAUUUGGAAUUAGUCCCAAUGGUGUAAUGGUUGGUUCCACUGCCAUCAUUGGACUCCCCGACGAACCUGUUGGCGCUGCAAACCCUGGCAAAUACAACUUGGGUGGCUACGCUGUUCCGCUAGUGACUUUGGCUAAUGAGCAGAAUCUGAUCAGCAAGAACAUUGAACAGAACGACACCCAUACAGUGCUUUCCUUCACAACUCCCUUGGAUGUCGGAGACGUGAGCAUCAAAAAGAAUGGUGAAAACAAGUUCCUCGUGGCUUAUGGCUUCACCAACUCUCUUGAUUAUCACAGCGGUCGCCACCCAUUUACCGUGAACAUGAAUAGUGCCGCCUCAAUGGCUGCCUGUGGGGCCGGAUGUGGUGCUUGUGGUGCAUCGGGUUGCGGGGCUUGUGGUGCUUGUGGUGCAUCGGGUUGCGGUUCUUGCGGAUCUGGAUGUGGAGCCUCUGGAUGUGGUGGAUGCGGUGGCUGUGGUGGCUGCGGUGGCUGUGGAAGCGGAUGUGGAUCCAGUCAAGGAAGUCACGAGACCACAAACGUUGGAACCUACGAUCCCUUGUUCCAACACUACACGAUGAUCAUUCCCAAGGAGCCAACACUCGGAGAUCCCAAACCCUUGGACGAUGACGUUGUAGGAAUUCUCUCGAACGGUGUUCUUUUGGACAGCCAUCGACAAACUUGGGCCUAUGACAUGUGCAACGGGCACUCUGACACGAAGCACCAAUACCACUACCACAUCCCCCCGAUUUGUUUCAUGGAAUCCCUGGGCGUAGCAUUUGCAGACUCGCAUGAGUGGUGGAUCAAUGACGAAGGAAACGCCACCCGCGACUAUGAAGAUAUGGCAGCGCAGUUUCCCGAAUCUGGCCCAGCCAGUCCUGUGAUUGGAUUUGCUCGCGAUGGGUUCCCCAUCUUUGGUCCCUACGAUGACAAUGGAAUGCUCCAACGUGGUGCCGCCUUUGCCGACACAGGUCUUGACGUUUGCAACGGCAAGACGGACAGCAAUGGCAACUAUGGAUACUACAUGACAGUGGACCCUCCAUUUGCACCCCCAUGCCUGCGAGGAGAGGUUGGAGUUUUCACCUACCACACCACCAACAAGAUGUGCCCCAAAGGAGGAAUCGAGAACUCUAUCCUGUUUGACAACGAGGCGGGAGUUGCUGUAGGCCGCGAUGGAGGAGAGCGAGCUCUCCGCGGAACGCUCCUCUAA